AAGAUUGCAAAAAACGGUGGACAAAUUUACGUGACUACUACACGAAAAGAAAAAGAGCCAGUACAGCCGGCAGUGCAGCACAUGAUGCGAAAGAGAGCCUAAAGAAUUUACAAUUUUUGGAUGAAAAUAUGAUUGUCCACAGACCUACUACGAGCAAGAUAGCUGCCUGUUCAGUUGAAGAAAAUGAAGAAACAGAAGAGCCAAAUUAUUCAGCAGCAAUAGUAACAACGGCAACGGCAACAACGUCAAACAAUAAUAUAGAAACAAGGAUGCGAACAAGAUCGCAAGUCUUCAACAGUAUAGAGGAAGGGAGAAACGAGCGGAUGAAAUUGUUACGUCAAUUAGUUAACAAGGACCAAAUGGUGGACCACAUAGACAGUUAUUUUAAAUCUUUGGCGGACAUAGCCAAAACAUGGUCGCCACUAUAUUACGCACAUGCGAGAAGAAAAAUCAGUAACCUCGUUAGUGAACUUGAUAUACAAUAUUUAUCAGGCAAUAUAAAUAACAGAGCAGAAGAAGAUGACAGCGAAUAAACAUAUAAAAUUAGCAGUAUAAAAGACGGUGUUUUUAUUCAUUUUUAAGACCACUUACCUCAAUGUGACGCAUAGCUUUUCUUGGGGUGAAAUAGGUUUAGGAUUAUUGUUGGUAGGUACCGUUGUAAUGUCGGUUUUGAUAUAAUCCAGGGUUUGAAUAAUAAUCAAUUUCAAUAUUUUAAUUAAACAAUUGAUUUAAACAAAUUUAAUUCAAUCAACUUAAUUAAUAAAUAUUUUGAAUAAAUGUAAUUAAAAAUUAUUUAAUUAAAAUUGAAUUAAGCAAAGUUAAUCGAAAGUCGUUUAAUUGACGAUUGAUAUAAGCGAAUUUAAUCGAAGAUAUUUGAUUGACAAUUGAUAUGAGCAAAUUUAAUCGAAGAUACUUAAUUGACAUAAUUAAAAGACAUUUAUAUAAAAUUCAAUUAAUUAUAUAAGAACACAUAUAAAUAAACAUGUAUAUAUAUAUAAACCAAUUUGUACCGACAAAUGCAAUAUACUAACUACUAUUAACCUCAUCAAAAUGAGUUGCUUGUAUAUAUAAUAACGUAUUUGUUAAGGUAAUUCUAUGAAUAAAUAAUUUAUAACGUAAAUAAGAACAAAUAUGUAUUUUUAUUUAAUGACGUAAAAUAAAACAAAUAUAUACCAUAGGUAUAAGUUAAAGUAAUAUACUACCAAGUACAUGAAAAAGUGGAGAACUCAUGGAGUUAUCAUUGAAAAAUAGAAGAUCCCCAUACAAAACUACAAGAAAGUAGAAAAAUAUAUGAAAUCGAAAUGAACUAACAGUACAUGAAGGUGCUUUCCAGCAAAGUGCAAAGGCGACACUGUAUAACACAAUGAAAAAUUCGGUGCUUUCCAACUAUGCGCAGCUAAAAUGCUGUAUUCAACAGUGCAGACGUUCAGACCCUAAUGACAACUCAUGUAAACUGACUGCUCCGCACUUUGGCAGCGAAAUGAAGAAGUUAAAUAGCAUAUCAGCCACAAACUGAGACUGUUUAGAAAUUUGCCUAGAUUUCCGCGGCCUGGAAGUCAAAUGCUUGGCGUGGCCAGGCAAGGUCGUGUCGAUGAAUAAAAAUUAUUUUAAAACGCAAAAUAAUGAAAGUGUACUUAUAUUGUCAGAGUUUUAAACUGACAAAUUAUCUAAAAGCCUGCGAGCGAGAAAGUACGGGUCUUGAUGAUCUGAGAAUGCCUUAGCUGGUCACGCCAAGCAUUUGACUUCCAGGCCGCGAACAUCAAAGCAAAUUUUUAAGCAGUCCCAGUUUGUGGAUGAUACGCUAUUUAGCUUCUUCAUGUCACCGCUAAAGUGUGGAGAAGUCACUUAUAUGAAUUGUCAUUAGGAUCUGAACGUCCGCACUGUUGAACACAGCAUUUUAGCUGCGCAUAAUUGGAAACCACCGAAUUUUACAUUAUGUUACACAGUGUCGCCUUUGUACUUUAUUGGAAAGGACUUUCAUGUACUGGUAGCUCAUUUUGAUUUCACAUCUUUUUCUACUUUCUUGUACUUUUUUAUGGGAAUCUUUUAUUUUUCUAUGAUAACUCCUUGAGUCCUCCACUUCUUCAUGUACUUGGCCUAAUUUGUUUACUUUUUUGAAGUUUUUUUUGGGGAUCUCACUUCUUUUUACAAAGAUAAUUUGUAUAGUGAAUGACUUCAAAUAAUAGAAAAUAGGAGAUCAGUUUGAAUCCUUUAAGGUUUUAAAAGUACGCGAAACGCAUUGCAGGAAGUCUCAUUGCAAGAAAUUUAUUAAAAUCAAAUGUAAUCAGUUUAUCAGUAACAUUUAAAUGCAACAUGACUUUCUGUCAUGUGUCGUGCAUAUUUUUGAGAACUUAAAGGACUAAGUCUGACCUUUCUUUUUCUAUAUUAUUGUAAUACAAUAAAUUAUCUAUUACAAAUAGUGGAUCUCUGUUCAUUUUCUUAUUUUCUCAUUAUUUACAUUUGUUACAAGACUUUCUGCCAUACGUUCUGUGAACGUAUGAACUGUAUUCUAAUACAAUAAAUUGUUCGUUACAAAUAGUUGAUUUCUUUUUCUCAUUUCUUGCUUCAUCUUUAACAUUUAAAUUUCUUGCAGUAAGACAUCCUGCCAUGCGUUCUCUCCCUUUCUUUUUACAGUUCAUAUGUACACAGAACGUGUAACAGAAAGUCUUGUUGCAAGCAAUUUAAAUGUUUAUCAUGAAGUGAAAAUAAAAAAAGUGGUCCACUAUUUAUAACAAACAAUUUAUUGUAUUAGAACACUUAUUCUUAUUUGCAUAAAAUGAACAUUUACUGAAAUUUGUAUUAUGAACUGCACACUCAAACACCAAAUUUAUAUAUAUUUUUCCACAACGACAAGGUAGAUAUUUUAUCAUUUAUAACC